AUGCCUUCCGACGCAGGCAAAGGCCAGAACUUCCAGACAAGCGACGCCAAGAAGGGCAACAGCAGUAAUUCGGGUGGCAAGACGGUUGGCGAUAAGACCAAGUUCGAGCCCAUGCUCAAUUGCUGCCAAUUCCUCGAGCUGCCUGCUGAAAUCCGCAAUCGCAUAUACCACUUCGCCGAAGAAGGGGUAUAUGAUGACGACGAUGAUCUAAUACGACCGCUUCUGCUCAAGCGUUCUAAGGUCGCAAGUGACAGCACUAGCGUGCCGCAUCUACUGAGCACGCUGCGUUACCGUGCGCUCACUCAAGUCUGCAAGCAGAUUCGGACGGAGUAUCGGCCUAUGUGGCUUCGUCAAUCUCGCUUCUGCGUGGAACUCCCAACACUCGCUCAUUUCAUCAGCGCAUACUACCCCAAGGUUGCAGAUUACCAGAACGCUCCAAAGCUUCUGCUAAUAUCCUGGGACCACGGUCAGCUUGGCGAUGAACUCGAGGAAGGUUACGGUGGGGAUGAAGAGUCUAUGGAGGACGUCCUGACAAACAUCACCCUCCUGGCCCGCCUACGCGCACACUGCCCAACCUUUACUGUCAACUUCGCCUCCCGUCAGGUACUCGAAGACGAUGUGCCCAACGUAGCUUAUGGGUAUCUCGACGCACUGGAUGCCUUCCUCGCCAACACCAACGAAAAUUGGCUGAAGAUGCUUCGCAGUACCACCAUUCUACAACCUCGUGUAGAGUUCACUUUUCACGUAUACACCCAGCGUCUCACUAUCUACAUUCGUUUUCUGAAAGGCCAAGCUCCCAAGGGGUUUAAAUUGAAGAGCAUGUACAACUCUGCUCUUGGCUUCCUCAAUCACUGGGGUAUGUUGGAUCUCAAGGCUAGCGAUUCGAUCGACUAUGUCAUCGGCGAAGCAUCUGGCAAGUUCACGCGCCACGAUGGCGAAUGUCCUAGCUAUGUCAGCACCUACAACCAGAUCCACCUCGACAGUUCCACCAUCGCUGUCUGGAAGAAAGAGAAGGAGGCCAAGACACAGGCGGCUUGA